UUGGACGGUCAAUUUUUGAAGCCGCAGAAUUUGUUAUUGGCGUCUCUUCUUCUUUUCCUCCUCUGUUUUGAAGUCUCUGCGGAGAAAAGAUAGGAAAAAAAAGGAGAAAGAAGAACAAAACGAAAUCGAGGCUAACGAGAAAGAGGAGAAGUCAUGAGCGCUAAUCAUCAUGCAUCUCUAGGUCGACGAACGUUGGAGGAGAUUAGACAAAAGAGAGCGGCUGAGAGAUUAAGUAAAACAUAUUCAGGACCAGAUCUCUCUAAAGCAUCAGUCUCUAACGAUAAUGCAGGCAUGAAAAAAUCAGAAAGCGGAAAUCGACUCUCUGACACUGAUGUCAGUGGAUUAGUAUCUCAGCUAAAAGAUCUGCAGAAGAAGAAUGCAGAUUUGGAGGAAAGCAACAAGAUGCUCUCCAUGAAGAUUCAAACAAAGGAUGUUGAGAAUGAUUCACUUGUAAAGCGCUUAAAUGACCUGGAACAAAAUACUGUACCAUCUUUGAGGAAAGCACUUAAGGAUGUAGCCAUGGAGAAAGAUGCAGCAGUUGUUGCACGGGAGGAUCUUUCAACCCAGCUUCGCACCCUUAAGAAACGUCUGAAGGAAGCAGAAGAAGAACAGUACAGAGCAGAGGAAGACGCAGCAUCCUUAAGAGCAGAAUUAAACUCAAUACAGCAACAAGCAAUGAGUAAUCCACUUGGCGGAAUAACCUCUAUUGGUAUUUCACCAGAUCAAGUACAAAGCUUGGAAAAGGAGUUGGCUAGUUUAAAAUCUAAUUUGCAGCAAGAGUCAUCAUUGAGGCAACAAGAGCAACAUAGAUUAGCUCAGGAGCUCGCUUGGGCUUCUACCCUUAUGUCUGAGAAGCAGGAAUUGGAAGAGAAACUUGCAGCUAUAUCUAAAAGAGCCCCUGAGGAAGUAUCAGAAAAAGUUUUUCAUAAGGGAUUCUCAGUGGAAGAAAAGGAGAAACUUGAGAAGCAGUUGCAUGAUUUGGCUGUAGCAGUUGAGAGAUUAGAGAGUAGUAGACAGAAACUUUUAGAGGAGAUUGAUUCUCAAUCUUCAGAGAUUGAGAAGCUUUUCGAGGAAAAUUCGAAUCUCUCUUCUUCUUACCAAGAGGCAGUAAGCAUAGGAAAGCAGUGGGAGAAUCAGUUGAAGGAUUGUCUUAAGCAAAAUGAAGAGCUUCGUGGAGUUCUUGUUAAGAUGAGAAUGGAACAGACUAAUAUGCUUUCUUCAAGUGGUAGGGAGUUCCUGAGAAAACCAACAGAAAGCUAUAGCAAUGGGGUAAACGAGACUGGUUCACAGGCAUAUACAACUGAAGUUCUUUCCCUCAGGGGUGAACUUGCAAAAGAACAAAACAGAGCAGAAGCAUUGUCAGCAGAGGUCCUGCAGCUAUCAGCAAAACUCCAAGAGGCCACACAGGCAUAUAAUGGUCUUGCACGCCUCUACAAACCAGUGCUGAGGAACAUUGAGAACAGCCUCAUCAAAAUGAAGCAAGAUGGCCCAGUGACAGUUCUGUGAAGACACAAGCAACACAGCUGCAAUCUCAUUCUUUUUCUGACAAGUGUUUUGUAAUAUACUUUUUUGGUGUUCAAUUCGAUCAUUGCGGCAUUGCCUGAUGGAAACAAGUUUCAGAGGAAUGUUUUGAGUAGGUUCUGUUAUAUCGUAAGAGCAAAAUAUUAUACUCCAGGAAUCAACACAAGUUAAAUGUCAAGUUGAAGGUCCAUUCAGAAAGUAAAAAAUAUGUGGGAUGUCUCGGCAAGGUUUGGGAAGAAGUAAUAUAAUGUUUUAUUAUUGUA